AAUUCUAAAUGGUAUAGUUUAUUAACAGUUUUCCUCCCAGCACUUGGUGCGUGGUCUUUGCUGUUAUGUUUACAGAAAGCCACACUUCUUUGGCUGUUAUUAGUCUGGAUUUUCUAUAUUGUUGCCUUGAUAGUGAACAUCGGGAUCAUUUUUGGAUUGCUUGGAGACAAACUUGGCACCAAGAAGUUCCCGAGUUUAGGUCUCUUAAAGGGACUUCUAUGCCUCACGCCUCCUCUGUUAUUAUUGUUGCUACACAAUGCAGAUGACCUGGAUCGAUCUCAAGAACGCAAAGAUUUGGUGUUCAAGCUGUCUUUUCAAAUGGCCAUCGAUCUGUUCGAUGUUAUUGACAUGAUUGACAUUGUUUUGGAUGACAUAGGUCGUGCGAAUGAACCUCAGAGCCUACCUGCAGAUGUUAUAGCCACAUUAAACAAAACCCUUAAGGAGACUCUACCAAGCUUCACACUCAACACCACAGGUAUAUUAACCUCGGAAUUGAACAAAAGCCUUGCAAUACUUCCAGUAUUCGGUAGAGUGAUGAUAGGAGUCGCAUGUUUCAGUCUCAUGUUGUCUAUAUGGCAAUGGGCUGAAAACAAGCACUCCACGAAUGACACGGGUAUUCAAUUUCGAACAGAAGUUCCACCCAACGUUCUAGAGGUGAUCUUCGUCAAUUUCUUUUUCUUGAUCAUCCUGGAGUGGUUUUUUUUUUUAAAG